AUGAGAUCUACUCCAGUUGAAAUCGCAUACGGCGGUUCAGUCUUUUCACCAAGCAAGGGCUUCACAGCUGAAAAGUCAGUCAAAAUCCUCGAAUACCUAUCCGAAAAUGGUAUCAAGACAAUCGAUACGUCAGAAAUCUACCCUGGAAGCGAAGAACUUCUUGGCGAAGCCGAUGCAGUCUCCCUGGGGUUCGAUAUAGCUACCAAAGUAGGGGCUGGGGGUUCACCAACACCAGCGACAAGGGAGAACGUUGUUCGAAGCGGAGAGGCUAGUUUGAGCAAAUUGAAAACAAAUCAGGUGGAUGUCCUUUUUAUCCAUGGGUUCGAUAAGCGCGUUCCCUUGGAGGAAACUCUGGAAGGUUUCAAUGAGCUUCACAAACGGGGUGCUUUUAAAAGGUUUGGGGUAUCGAAUUUCUCUGCUGAGGAGAUCGAGGAUGUCGUACGUAUCUCAAAGGAGAGAGGAUUUGUCUUGCCGAGUGUGUAUGAGGGGAACUACAAUGCUAUUGAUAGAUUGAUUGAGAAGAAGAUUUUCCCGACAAUUCGCAAAUACAACAUGGCCUUCUACGCAUACUCGCCCAUUGCCGGUGGCUUUCUGUCCAAGACACCGGGAUACAUUAAGCAAGGUGGAGAAGGACGUUGGGACCCUAACACGUUCUUCGGAAAGUUGUAUCAUGCCAUGUACAACAAACCCAACGUUUUGGAGUUUUUAGGGAAGUUUGGCCAAAUUGCCAGCGCCAAAGCCCAAUGCUCGCAGGCAGAGACGGCCUAUAGAUGGAUUGCAUAUCAUUCUGAACUGAAAGGCGAGCUUGGGGACAAAAUCAUCAUCGGUGCUCGGUUUGGUUCGCAGUUGACGGAAGUACUAGAUGCCUUGAAACGAGGUCCAUUAUCGGCUGAGACGGUCAAGCACAUCGAUGGAUUGUGGGAUGUUGUAAAGGAUGAUCCUCCGGUAGAACAUCGCACUCUUAUUGAGGAGUUGCUCAAGAGGACAGAUAUGAAGUUUUGA